ACUUUCAAACCAACACCAUCCAUCUCAAAGCUUCUCUUAUCCUCACUCAAUCACUCUCCAAUCCUUAACUCCAUGGAAAGCAGCACAAACUCAACCACCAUAGCUCAAGAAUUCCCUCAUACUCUUCGUGUCUUUACCGACGGUCGUGUUGAGAGGCUUAGGGGAACAGAUAUUGUCCCACCUUCCCUUUACCCUCACAGUGUUGUCUCAUCCAAAGACAUCACACUUGACUCGCAAAACAACAUCGCCGCACGUCUCUUCCUCCCCCCACCACAAAGCACCGGUAACCACAAGCUCCCUAUCGUGAUCUACUUCCAUGGUGGUGCCUUUUGUGUCAACUCACCCUUUAAUGCAGCAUAUCAUAACUACCUUACUGCUUUGGUCUCCAAGGCCAACGUUGUGGCAGUUUCUUUUCAGUAUAGGCUAGCACCGGAACAUCCUCUUCCCGCCGCAUAUGAUGACGCUUGGACUGCACUGCAAUGGGUGGCUUCUCAUGGGAAGAACAAUGGACCUGAGCCUUGGUUAAAUGAGCAUGCUGAUUUUCAAAGAGUAUUUUUGGCGGGUGAUAGUGCCGGUGCUAACAUAGUUCAUAACAUAGUUAUGAUGGCUGGGCACCCUGAUAUGAAUCUUGGCAUAGACAUUCUAGGGGCUUGUUUGAGUCACCCAUAUUUCUGGGGUUCAACUCCGAUUGGAUCAGAAGCAUUAGAACCAGGUCAAAAGGAGUUAGUUGAUCGAUUGUGGCCGUUUAUAUGCCCAUCGAUGCCAGAGUGUGACAACCUAUGGGUUAACCCAAUGGCAGAGGAUGCACCAAGCUUGGCUUGGUUGGGUUGUCGGAGAGUGUUUGUGUGCAUAGCAGAGAAGGAUGUACUGAAGGAUAGAGGGAGGCUUUACUAUGAUGCGUUGAGUCGAAGCGGUUGGACCGGGGUGGUGGAGAUUGAGGAGACUGAAGGGAAGGGUCAUGCAUUUCAUAUACAUGAUCUUGAAUGUGACCAGGCAAAGGAACUGAUCACAAGCAUGGCUGAAUUUUUUAACAGGGACGCCCCUCCAAUUUAGUUUUCACUAUCACCAUUUUGUUCUUUGUUCACUAUGUUCAACUUUUAUUAGAGUAUGUGACUUUAUAAUCUUUCAAGCCAAUUUGUGCAUGUUUCAACUAAAUCUACAAAACAUUGUUAUUGUAAAGAAUGACUGAAACCUCAAUGUCUGCAUGAUCAAGAAUCAUGAAUGUCCCCUUGUCAUUUAUAGAGAUUAAAAAACAAAAAGGACACUAUCAUUGUGUAA